AGCAUGGUUCUGCUGGCUGAAAUCUACUGCCCGGAGCAGAUUGUGAUACCAGAAAACUUCAACAACGUACUUAAGGCAUACGCCAAAGCUGUCAUCCGAACACAGCCGUUUGAUUUAUUACGAUGGUCAGCCGCCUACUUUCGCUGUUUAGCACUGCAGCGGCCGCCACCGGUGAAGCCCCGCUACGAACCGGAGGCCCGCCACGGACAACUUACAGCCGGUGCCUUGCGGGCGCUAAUCGAUCAGCUCGGCAAGGGUUAUUUCGUCCAAAAACGCCAACUGCUGGACAAGUGGCAAGGGCUGUGCCUUCCGGAAGAAGACCUGCUGAACAUCCUGUCUCUAUUACGUAUACUCGAUUGGACUCAUUUGCACUGGCUGAAGAUUGUGGCCAUUUUCAUUGGACUGCUAAGUGACAGCUUAGCCCGAACGGCCGAAAUGAUCUGCGAACUGUUGACCGAAGAACCGGACGGCGGUCCCUCGCCGGUUCCGCUCUGGAUGUUCAAGGAAUGCUUCCUGACCGUAGCCCGACUGGACUGCGACUCGGUGCAGACGUGCGUCGAUGGACGGAAAGUUUUGGACGAUGGCCAACUGGAGCAGAAACAGCCGAUGACAGAGAUGCCAAAAGUUUUAUCAACAAUUUCAUUUAAAAACGCCAUCAUCGACAAGUACAAGAGUGUCAUGGUAAGUGCAGUCGAUAAUCAAACAACAACCGCUGCUUCGGAGUUGCUGUCGGCUGACGAUCGGUUUUCGGAAAUUUCCGAAGUACCAUCCAAACUGGAUUCUGAUUUUAAGUUUGUUGGUGAUGAAACCAACCCGUACAAUGUUCUCCGUCGGGCACCCGAUUUCGAUAGUGUUAUCAUUCUGCUGACAGACUUAAAGGAGGACAAUUUGAAGCAGCAUUUGGAUACCGCCAGCAUAUCGGAGGAAACUUUGCAACGAGCAAAAGAAAGAACUCAACGUUUGGAAGACUUAAAAGAAAGUUUGCCAGAGUAUGACUACGAGAAACUGAUGGAAGCCGAACGGCAACAAUUGCUAAAAGACAUGGGACCUCCUUGGUUGUUAUUGUAUUUGUUUUCCAGAGAAGUAAGCCGUCGUCGUUCUUAUAAUUACAUAGAGGAGACUUCACUUGAGGAUGACGCGUCUGCUAGUGGUUAUUCAGAUGACAGUUUUCGGAUGAGAGCGGCUGAGGAGCUAGCACAAAGCUCUGAACUAGAAGAUUAUGAUUCUCAGCCAGACCAUGAUUUAGGACGUAGACGAUCUAGCUAUUCAAUUCCUGCCUCUGUGCGAUCUAGAAUGAGCUCCGUCCAUUCAUCAGCUACACGUAUUGCAAACGAAGUUCUAUCGAGAGUUAUCUGCAUGGUUGACGAAGCGAUAAUUGAUGGAGAAUGCGAGUUGUCGGUUCAGUCGAUAAGCAGUUUUAUUGAAAAAAAGAGCCACGACGAUAGCAGUAUUAGUGAGAAUGAUUUUCAAACGUUACGCGAUUUCUUGGAGGAAGCGGAGAAAAAGGAGCUGGAAGUAAAAGACCUUAACGAAUUGUAUCAUUUUUUUGUGGGAGAAAGCUUUAAAAAGGCAGAUGUCGGUGACGGUAAUCGCGAUCGCAGCAAAGAGAUCACCUCGAUAUUUGAAGCCAGCGGUAUUGAGGUUGAUAAUAAUUUACUGGAUGCCAAGAUAUCAGAAAACAUGAUUCUUGGACUUGUUGAAAAGGACUCUAAGUCAACGGAAGCAGUGAAACAACUAGAACCUAGUCCGUCAUUGAUUCAGGUUUCAGCUCUUCACGAAUCACUAACACAUGUAGCCAGUUCUGACUUGCAGGUUGUUCAAGAGGUUGAGGAAGAUGAGUUGGAGGAGACAUUUGAAGAACAGCCUCCACUUCAGCUAGUUCCUUCUCCAGAAGUGGCAACUCAGACUGAUUCGAUCAAUGCUAAGUGUACAGAGCUACUGCGUCGGCAGACGUCGAUGAAAAGUUCAAAUCUUGUAAUGGAAUAUAAUUGCAUGAUUCCUAGAGUUCCUGGUAUAGGGCAACCAUUAUCCGAAAUCUUUAUAGAGACAUUCUUAAACUACCUCGCCAAGCGAGCCACCCAUCAACAGGGACUGAUUUAUCCGAGAAACUUUCGAGAACCAUCAUGUCCAAAAUUACCCAAAUAA